AUGAUCUACGCAUUAGUGGCCAUUGCCUUGGCCAUCAUCUGCGACUGCUGGUACUUCCCUCGACCUCCACUAGCCAAUGUCCCCACUUUCUACGGGUGGCCUCCAUUUGGCACGCUUUUCUGGCUCCAAAAGAACCCGGCGAAGACUUUGCAAAAAUGGGCUAAACACCACGGGUUAAUCCAAGUUAAAGUUGGGUUCCUGUGGAUUGUGGUGGCGUUGACCGACGAGGAAGUGCACCGGUUGUGGGUAUCCAAUGCCUCCAAGCUGAACCUGAGAUGGCUGCUGCCGGUGUUCUCGUCGGUGCUGAUGGUUCCCGGGUUUACGGUGGGGUCGACACCUCAUAGUACCGAGCUUAGUGCUACUAAGCGUCACUUUGAGCUGAUUUUACACGCCAUUGCCGUCAGUUCUCCUCAAUUUGUCGAUGUUGUCACCGCUGAAACCAAUAAAUUGGUUGGGCAAUUGAUGGAAUACGUUGAUGACGAUGUGGAUCCGUUAUUGUUGUUCAAACGGUGGCACCUUCGCAUCGUGCUUGCCCUUGGCUACGGCAUCGAUGCCGAUACCAAGUUUCCCGGGUUGAUUGACGACAUCAUCACCACUGAACAGGCGAUCAUGAGGAUCCGGGCCCCGUUGCUGUGGCGUAACUGGUUCCCCGGAUCGCAAGCGGCGAGAUGGAUCCAACGGAGAGGGAAGUAUAUGGACAUGCUUAUGAAGGAUAUGCUUCUCCACGUCAAUGAGAGAUCGGACUCGGUGGUGGGCCAGUUGCUCGACCGGAAUUUAAGCAUGGCCCAAGUGUCUAGCUGUUGUCUUCUGUUAGUGAGUGCCGGGCUUGAUAACACUCCGCUUUUGAUGUGCCACUUAUUGGGACAAAUGGGGUACCAUCGGCAAUGGCAGGCCCGGGCCUACGACGAGAUUUCAAGCAAAAUCAGUGGGGUGAGAGACUACCGCCAAGGGGUGGUGGUAAUGGCGUUGAUCCAGGAAACCCUCAGACUGUUUUCCGUGCUUCCGUUAGCGUUACCUCGGCAAACUACGGGGCCUAUUGGCAGGAUCCCGCCAAACACGAAAUUGUUGAUGAACGCCUACACUGCCAACCACGACCGCAAGCGCUACGCCAAUGCCGAUGAAUUCGACCCUCAGAGGUGGCUCGACGACGCCAGCUUGCGUCACUACGGGUUCGGCACGGGGCUGAGAAGCUGUCUGGGUAAAAUCAUGGCGUCGAGAAUGAUGUGGUGGGCCACGGUGAGAGUGUUGGAUACGUUCGCAAUUGACCACCCUCACGAUACUAAGUUCAAAAUGGGGUUGGAUCCGUUUGCCACCAACGCCUCCCCCAGUGCUACGUCAUUUGAGCCGUACCCAUUCAAAGUACAUCUUACGCCGAGAUCAAACGAAAACGCCCCAAUGGAGCCGUGCGUAAUCGCGGGGAACAAAGCAAUGUCGCCGAACCUGUGA